AUGUGGAGCUUUGACCCUGCCUCCGCCGGCACGUUCAAGAUGGAGGCGAAGAGUGGCGGGGUGGACAACGACGAUGGAGGCGGCGGCGCCGGCCGGAUCACGGGCGCGGAGCCCGGCGGUGAUUGGAAAACUCCUUCUCCUCCUCCUCCUCCUCCUCCGCCGCCGCUGCUGCUGCCGUCGCCGGCGAGGAACAACAGCAUGAGCAUAGCGGAGAGGAGGGCGGCGCGGGGAGGGUUCAGCCCCCCUAGGAUCAACACCCCCAGGUUCCGCUGCGGCGGCAGCCCCCUCCGCUCGCCGGCGGCCGUUCGCUCCCCCUUCCUCACCAUCCCCCCCGGCCUCAGCCCCACCGCCCUCCUCGACUCUCCCGUCAUGCUCAUGAGCUCCCAGGUUGGAAAACCCUCUCUCUCUCUCUCUCUCUCUCUCUCUCUCUCUCUCUCUCGCUAUCUAUCUAUCUAUCUUCAUCUUCUUGAAGAACCCCUCUCAUCUCCUUGCUAAAGUUGGCCAAAAUUUGCAGGCGCCGCCGUCUCCGACCACCGGGAGUCUCGCCCUCUCCCCCCAUAAUCUUGACUCCAUGGCGGGAACGCCAUUAAAACUCCACGAGGAGGAAGGAGGAGGCGAUCAAGAAGGCUUCCAAUCCUUCUCCGCUGUGGGUUGCUGUCAGAAUCUAUCUUCUUCCCCGGAAACUCUGGCAGAGCUCGAGGAAUUCAUGAAAACCGGCGAUAGGUCUCUGCUACCUCGGGGUAGAGAGCAGGGGGAGGGGCUUCCGCCGGCGGAGAGGCCGUCCGACGACAGCUUCAACUGGAGAAAGUACGGCCAGAAACAGGUCAAGGGGAGCGAGUACCCUCGGAGCUACUACAAGUGCACCCAUCCCAACUGCCCGGUGAAGAAGAAGGUGGAAAGGUCUCACGACGGUCGGAUCACAGAGAUCAUCUACAAGGGAAAGCACAACCACCCCAAGGCCCAGCCGCCCCGCCGGACGACGACCCCCGACGAGCCCAGAUCGUCGUACGUGAAAUCAGAAGGGGAAUCGGUGUCGGUCCUUACUGAUCUUUCCGAUCCCUCGUCGGCCGCCAUUGAAAGACACCUCGGGGAGCUCGAGUCCUCUGAUGCUCUGGAGCUCUCGUCGCCCCUCGGCGGCGGCGAAGACGACGACCGGGCCGCGGAGGAGGAGGGAAGGGCGGCGGCGCUCGAGGGGGACGACGGAGACGACGAGCCGGAUUGCCGGAGAAGGUUAGUCGGCCUUUGAGCUUUAACUGUUGCAGCAAUCCAGACCUUGAAUUCCUCCUGUUCCGCUUCAGGGAGAGCGAGAGCUUUCUGAUGGAAGGUGGGCCGGCUUCCAGGGGAAUCCGAGAGCCGCGGGUGGUGGUCCAGACGGAGAGCGAGGUGGACAUCCUGGACGACGGGUAUCGGUGGCGGAAGUACGGGCAGAAGGUGGUGAAGGGGAACCCUAAUCCAAGGUAAUUCACCAUCUCUCCUCUUGACCCCUCCAACUCCUGUCUCUCUUUCUAUUUGCAGAUCGUCGGCUCUAUCUCUUUGGGUUUUCCUCCCCCUUCAUGUUCUGCGCUAUCUGCUCUAGCCGCUCAGAAUUUCUGAAAAAAAUCCCAACGUUCUCUCUCUACUGCAACACUUGCUGUUCUUUCCUCUUGAUCCUUCAUGGUGGAGAAUGGUGGGCACCCUGGUCUCUCUCUCUACUUGCAGCUCGUCGGCUUGAUCUCUUUGGGUUUUCCUCCCCCUUCAUUUUCUGUGCUCUCUGCCCCGCUCGCUCGGAAUUUCUGUAAAAUAUCCUAAACUUUGUCUCGAAUUCCAACACACCAAGAUCCCAGGUGCUCCACUCUUUCUCUCUCUCUCUACUGGAACACUUCCCGUUCUCUCUCACGAACUAGUCAGCUCGGCCCCCCAUCUUCUUCAGGAGCUACUACAAGUGCACGAACCCCGGCUGCUCCGUGAGGAAGCACGUCGAGAGGGCGGCCCACGACUUGAAGUCGGUGAUCACGACCUACGAAGGCAAGCACAACCACGAGGUGCCCAUCUCCAGAAGCAGCAGCCAGAGCAGCUCCGGCGGCGGCGGUGGCGCGCCGCCGCCGUCCGGUGGUCCUGGAGCCACCAUCAGUGCAGAGAGCUCCAUCUAUGGAGAGCUCCCCAACACCCAUCUCUUCAAGAGGAAACUCGCCCUGCCCAGUGAGUUCCCAACGUACCUGGGCGGAACUUCCUCCUGCUACCCGAUCAGGCCGCUCCCGCCGGCGGAGCUCCACCGCAUGGCGGCGAUUUCCAAUUUUGGUCGGGAGUUCCCCAUCUCCUUCCCCAUGGACAUCCACAGAGCUCCCAACGUUGAGGCCAGCCAUGGAAGCACAGCCGGCGAGGAGAGGCUCUUCAAGCUGCCCAAGAAGGAGCAGGAAGACGAUGGGGUCUUUGGCUCCGAUCACGUUGCGAGGAGAUUCCCAUUAGAAUGA